AUGGCAUGUCAAGCUACUUCAAAACCAACCAAACUCUGUAAACCACUUAAGAUGAGUCUUUUACUCUCCGGACCAUGGGAAAGAUUUAGCGCUGAAUUUUGCGGACCUCUCCCUUCAGGAGACUACCUGUUCGUCAUCGUCGACGAAUACUCCAGGUACCCGGUAGUAGAAACUGUCAAAAGUGUCUCGUCAGCCACAACAAUUCCCGUUCUGGACAAAGUGAUCAGCAUGUUUGGUAUCCCCAAAGGUAUAAAAACAGAUAACGGUAGUUCAUUCAACUCCAGCCAGUUUGCCAAAUAUGCAGAGAACAUUGGAUUCGAUCACCGAAAGAUCACUCCUUGUUGGCCCAGAGCGAAUGCCCAAGCUGAAGCGUUCAACAAACCACUGAUGAAAACGAUUAAAGACUCUCACCUGGAACAUAAAAACUGGAAACAGGAAAUGUACAAAUUCCUUCGACAACACAGAGCAACUCCUCACUAUACCAGUGGACUAGCUCCGCAUAGGUUGAUGUUCUCCAGAGAGCCAAACACCAAGUUACCCGAAAUCCCACAGACCAAAUGUAAGCCUGAACAUGUGGUGGUUGAGGAAAUCUUGCACAACAAAGAUAGCUUGGGGAAGUCAAAAAUGAAAUCACUACUGUACUGUACUAUUGUAACCGGAAUUGAGGUUCGAGAUUAA